AAAACCCUCAAACCAAACCCUCCGUUUGCUUCCUCUCCAGUCUCCAGCGCCAAUCCGCUCUAAUGGCCUUCGCCGCUGUGACCCGCGCAAUCGUUUCCUCUCCCAUCGCCUCUUCCCGAUAUCCCAUGGCUUCUUUGCUUUCCAAGCGCUUGCUCCACUUAGGCUCCGCUGCGGCCGUUGCCGCACGCCCACUUGUGGGCCUCCGCCUUGCGCGUGUCUCGCCAGUGAUUCCACGUCUCUCCGAUAUGGGAGCUGCUUCCCGCAUCGGUGCGGUUAGGUGCAUGGCCCGACGGCCUGGCGACUCCGGUCACUCGCCUCUGAAUUCUGGCUCCCGCGGUGGUUCUGGGUUCAGCGACCGUCCGCCAACGGAAAUGGCGCCUCUCUUCCCGGGAUGUGACUACGAGCAUUGGCUCAUCGUUAUGGACAAACCUGGAGGCGAGGGGGCUUCCAAGCAGCAAAUGAUCGAUUGUUACAUCCAAACCCUAGCCAAGGUUCUCGGAAGUGAGGAGGAAGCGAAGAAGAAGGUUUACAACGUCUCAUGUGAGCGAUACUUUGGAUUUGGAUGUGAAAUUGAUGAGGAGACAUCCAACAAGCUGGAAGGUCUUCCUGGUGUUCUCUUCGUUCUUCCAGAUUCCUAUGUUGAUGUUGAAAAUAAAGAUUAUGGAGCUGAAUUGUUAGUGAAUGGAGAAAUUGUUCAAAGGCCUCCCGAGAGGCAGCGGAAAAUCGAGCAAGCAACCACGCAUAGAAAUGACAGAGAUAGACCCAGAUACAACGACAGAACCCGUUAUGUGAGGCGAAGGGAGAGUCAGCGAUGAACUGAUCAUUCUUGUCAUGUUAAUGAUUUGUGCUACUUUUAUGCUAUGAGAAGCUCCCUAAUGUCGUAUCUUCAAUCUCUCAGCAUUCUUCCUAAUGUAUGCUGUCUGGUCGUGGUUUCUUGUUCCUGUGAGGGUGAGUUACCACAGUUAUGUUUCCUGAUGGUGACUUUAAAUAAUGGUUGUUGAUUGUUUGAUUUAGCUGGACUUUAGGCUCAAGUUUUAUGUUGUCAUGACCUCAUAAUGAAUAGGAUUUUGGUCUA